UGCAAAACUCUUUGGGACUCCCCGAGCUGAGAGAUGUGGGGAACUGCAGAUGGCGGGCCUCCGGAGGUUACUCUUGAAACCUCCAUGGGUUCUUUCACCUUUGAGCUAUAUUUUAAGCACGCUCCUAGAACUUGCAGAAACUUCAUCGAGCUUUCUCGAAGAGGUUACUACGACAACACUAAAUUUCACCGAAUUAUCAAGGAUUUUAUGGUACAAGGUGGAGAUCCCACAGGAACAGGAAGGGGUGGAGAAUCGAUAUACGGAUCAAAGUUUGAAGAUGAGAUAAAAUCUGAGUUAAAGCAUACUGGAGCUGGUAUUCUGUCCAUGGCAAAUGCAGGUCCAAAUACCAAUGGAAGUCAGUUCUUUAUUACCCUUGCACCAUGUCAACAUCUGGAUGGAAAACACACAAUAUUUGGAAGAGUUUGUCGAGGAAUGGAAAUCAUCAGAAGACUGGGUAGUAUUCAAACUGACAACAUUGAUAGGCCCAUCCAUGACGUGAUGAUACUGCGAACCAUUGUCAAAGACUGAUCCAGCAAAAUCGUCAUCAGCUGGGAUUCUUUUGGCAUGGAAUGGUCACUUCUCCCUGUCUCAAGAAAGAUUUGCAGAGUAUGGUUCGAUGGUAGAGUAGUUUAACAGUGGGAAGUGGAACUAUUAAACUAGCGGGCAGUCUUGAAUUUUCUAUAUGCCAUUUGGAUCUCUUUCUGAACCUUUUUUAUUCGUAUUUUCCUUUGUCAUUAUUAGAUGAGUUCUUAUGCAAAUAUGCGAUUCAUGAAGAGCAUCGAUGCACUGAACAGAGUGUAAGCAAUGACGCAAUGCGAUUUAAUUUUCUAAUAUUCCACCCACAUUGAAAAAGGUGUAGUUUAGA